UGACUUUGGCUUGACCAUGCUUAUUAAAUCAGUUAAUGUCGUCAGCCUCUUCUUGUGUUGCAGUACCUGAUCCUGUGCUUGUGUGAGUUUGUGGUUUAGAAAUGUUCCAAAAUCAGCAGUCACUAGUUAUUUCAUUAUUUACUAUGUCCUUGAUUUUGCGCCCCGCUUUUGAGGAUAAUGGUGCAGGCGUGCCAUGCUCCUGCCUCCUGAUCUGAAGCCUUUGACUUACCAUUAUGUGUGUUCUUCACUGUAGUCCUGCAUUAUUUCAUAAUUAAAGCAAACUGAAGUCCUGUGUACAGAAUGUGCAAUCUAGAGAAAUUUUUAUCUUUUUAUAGAGUUGCUAAUAAUAAUCUUUAGGUCAAUAUGGCUUCUUUUUCUUACCAGUUUUCUUAACACUGGCCCUAUUUCCCUUCCUCUGCAUAGUGCCUCUUAGCUUGUAACUUAACUAGUUAGUAAAUACAACUUUAUUCGUAAAUAAAGAUUAAGGUAAUUGAUCCUUAGGGAGACCCGUGCAUGUGGUGUCCAGGAGCCAUGAAAUGGGUUGCUUAGGAAAGUGAAUAAGGUUAUUAUACUAUUGGACAGGGGUGAGGGCAGCAGUGGUGUUUACAGAGAAGGGAAAUAUGGAUAGGCACAAGAGCACACAGGGAACUAGGGAGAGACUCUGGGCUCUGAACCUGCUGAGUCUGCUGUCGCUGUGGAAGGAGGAGUGGCGGUAGAAGACGUUGAUGCCCUGCCCAGGAGGGACGCCAGGCGUUGGAGAUGAACCUGUGUUGGCAGGUGAGAUGGUAUAUGUAUGAAAGAAGAGGAUCUAGGACAGAACAGUAGAAAACAGAUAACAGGGCAGGUGACCCAAGAGAAAGCUAUUCCAGAAGCCAAAGGAAGAGGGAAGCUUUGUGGCAUCACAUGUUUUAGGAGUGAGGGCUAGAUAAGGAGAGAUCACUAACUUUGGCAGGUAGGGGGAUCAUUAGUUAAACCCCUCACAAGAGCAUUUGAGCAGAAAGGCGGCGGAGGAGCCCUGACUGCAGUGGGUUGAGGAGUGACUGGGAAACAAGCAGUGGGAUGUGUGCACAUAGACCACAUGCUCAGGGUAUCCUCUUCUGUUUGGGUCCGAGAUGAAGCACAGACAAAUGAAAACCCUGAGCGUGUCCAUAGGUGAGGUAAGGACAGGGGAAGUUGGUUAAACAUACGGGAAAGGUAUCUGUAGGGCCUGAGAAGGAGUGAGAGCAAUGACAGGUGGGACGGGUUUGCCAGGAAAAGGCACAAGGACACCCGUUUCUCCAAGAUAAGCGGGAAGAGCACUGGAAAUAUUAAAGGCAGGUAUUUGCCGAAGGGAAGCGAGGGAAGUUGGGAGUAUUCAUACCUGGCAACAUCUCUCUUCUCUGUGAGGUAGGGAGCUCUGCCAGCAGGGAAGGAGGACUGGAAGAAAGCGGAAAGGGGUAUGUUGGGACAGGGUUAACACCCUGAGCUGUCAGCAGACUAGGAAUAACUAAAGUCAUUUAAUUCAUCAGGGGAUGAAAAUAAGACAUUUCUCAUAGCUCCACCUCAGCACAGCUACAUGCUUUUCUUCAGUGGUGCUUAUUAAUCCUGGCACGGGACUGGAGAGCGUCUGGUGCAAGUAGUCCAGGUUGUGGAAGUGCCCCGUGGGGGAGGCAGACUAACUGUCUGAAGCAAGCACACUGAGGACUUGGUUACAGAAUUCGCAAAAUGUUGGGGUAAGUACUGGACCGGGAGUCCAGACUUCUGGUGCUCUGAUGCCAACAGGCAUUCCCCACUCAGAAGGAGAAGUUGGGAAAUAAAGGCGAAUAGUUUUCUCAUCUAUUCUUGGGUUUCAUUCAGCCCUAGAAAUGUUUCUCUAAUUUUGUUAUGGCAUUUGAAUGUAGUUUUAAAGUAUAUUCAGUAAAAAAUAAAUAAAAGCACAUUCAGUAAGAUGUCAUCACUGUCUCCUGUGAGUGGGGGAAAAAAAUCAGGCAUUGGGAAGGCGUGGAACUCACAGCAGCUGGUCCAUGUGCCAUUUUGGUCUGUUUAAGAACUCUUAAUGUGAUUCCCAAUGUUGAAACUGGCAGUUAAGUGAUGGAUUCAGGCUAUACAAGAUAAGACUUGAAAAAGCCACCUGAAAUAUUAUGGCAAUAUCAGUAAGAAGUGUUUUUUUCUCAUUCCUUACUUAAGAAAAAAAAAAUGCAUGUGCACAUCUGUCCCUUUAACAGCUUGCUUCGGGAAGCUAAAACCUUUAUAAAGCACGUUGAGAAGUCCUACACACGGGCCCUUGUUUAACUGUGUUCACAGUUUUCCCUGCUCAGUGCUGGAAUUGUGUAGGAGAAAGUGCUCACUGUCAGCUAUUCUCUAUGAAUAGGGAUGUGUGUGGAUUGAAAGAAAAAUUAUAUGCUCUGGUAUUAUCUGGUAAAGAAAAGAAAGAAGAAUAACCUAAGAGUUCUCAUUGCCAGCUUCAGCUGUCUUCUAAAGUACUUGUGAGACUCUGUCAUCACCUCACACAGUGACUCAAGGAAGCAGAGGUCGGCAGAUUGGCAGGCCAGGUGGUCAACUGUGAGGAGAAGAAAUGCACAAAAACAGCUGGCAGAAUAGAAGACAUGGGAGAAGGAGCAACCAGCAGAACCCUCGGUUCAGACAACAGGGUUCUGAUGAGAGGGGUAACUCAGUGACACGGCAAAGCUCACGGGAUUCUGGCCACGUUGGCGAUGACGAGGCCCCAUCGACCUCAUCCGGCACAGCAGGGAGUUCUUCCGUGCCAGAUCUGCCAGGGUAUUACUUUGACCCUGAAAAGAAACGAUACUUCCGCUUGCUCCCUGGACAUAACAACUGCAACCCCCUCACAAAGGAGGGCAUCCGGCAGAAGGAGAUGGAAAGCAAAAGGCUGCAGCUACUGGAGGAAGAAGACAAGCAGAAAAAGAAAAUAGCCAGAAUGGGCUUUAAUGCAUCUUCAUUGCUACAGAAAAGCAAGCUCGGUUUUCUCAAUGUCACCAGUUACUGCCGUUUAGCUCAUGAGCUGCGAGUGAGCUGCAUGCAGAGGAAAAAGGUCCAGAUUCAGAGCUCGGAUCCCUCCGCUUUGGCAAGCGACCGAUUUAACCUCAUACUGGCAGAUACCAACAGUGAUCGGCUCUUCACGGUGAAUGAUGUCAAAGUCGGAGGCUCCAAGUAUGGCGUCAUCAGCCUGCGAGGUCUGAAGGCCCCCUCACUCAAGGUGCAUAUGCAUGAAAACCUCUACUUCACCAACCGGAAGGUAAACUCUGUGUGCUGGGCCUCGCUGAAUCACCUGGAUUCCCACAUUCUGCUCUGCCUCAUGGGCAUCGCAGAGACUCCGGGCUGUGCCACCCUGCUCCCAGCAUCGCUGUUCGUCAGUAGUCAUCCAGCAGGAGACCGGCCUGGCAUGCUCUGCAGUUUCCGGAUCCCUGGGGCCUGGUCCUGUGCAUGGUCCCUCAACAUUCAGGCGAAUAACUGCUUCAGCACAGGCUUAUCUCGGCGGGUCCUAGUGACCAACGUGGUGACAGGACACCGGCAGUCCUUUGGGACCAGCAGUGAUGUCUUGGCCCAGCAGUUUGCUCUCAUGGCUCCUUUGCUGUUUAAUGGCUGUCGUUCUGGGGAGAUCUUUGCCAUAGAUCUGCGUUGUCGAAAUCAGGGCAAGGGCUGGAAGGCCACCCGCCUUUUCCACGACUCAGCAGUGACCUCUGUGCAAAUCCUCCAAGAAGAGCAAAACCUGAUGGCUUCUGACAUGGCGGGAACGGUAGGGGUAGCACUGAUGACUCGGGCCACUGGAGCCGCUGGUCUAGAGCUUUGCCAGAUCAAGCUGUGGGACCUGAGAACCACCAAGUGUAUAAGGCAGUAUGAAGGUCAUGUGAAUGAGUACGCCUACCUGCCCCUGCACGUGCACGAGGGAGAAGGAAUUGUGGUGGCAGUGGGCCAGGACUGCUACACGAGAAUCUGGAGCUUCCAUGACGCCUGCCUGCUCAGAACCAUACCCUCCCCACACCCCGCCUCCAAGGCUGACAUCCCCAGUGUGGCCUUCUCUUCUCGGCUUGGGGGUUUCCGGGGAGCCCCAGGGCUGCUCAUGGCUGUCCAGCAGGACCUUUACUGUUUCUCCUACACCUAAUUCCACAGGGUACAGCCUGGAGGGAUGUGGAUUUGACGUAAGGGAGUAAGGAGCAGCCAGACUUCUGCCACAACUGCUGUUUCCACUGAGGGCAUUUUAAAUGGACGCUCUGUGUAUACAGAUCCCAUCCAUCCAGCUGCCGGGAAGUAGGUGCUGUGUGGAGCACAGUGGAGACACUUCAGUAAAGUUCUUUCAGUUAAGUUGUGAGCUCAGAGAGCUCAAAAGUCCUUUUCAUAAAAGGUACUUAUUUCCUUGUUAAAUUCCUUAGAAUAGUCUGUGGCCCCCCUACCUUUUUUUUUUUUUUUUUUUGAAACAAGAAAUACUUUUCUAAGGGCUGAGGAUUGGCAGUAACUAAAUUAAAGCUGGUGCUUUCACCAAAAGCCCUUUUAAGAAGCUUAAUGAGAUUGGGUGAGGCUGUUAGUGCAGUCAGUGCCUGGGUCCCAGAAAGCUGUGCCCGUGGGCUGGAGAAAGCCAGCUGGGGAGACAGGGAAGGCACAGGGGGAGGGGGGGUCGUUUCUCUGAGUCUCUAGAGAUAAAGAUUGAAGGCUGGAUUUUGGAGUCAUUAAAAAGCCUUCUCAGGCUCACUCAGCAUCCAUAGCAGACCUUGCUUUCUCCUUUUACCACCAUUCAUAGGCAUUGAAAGGAAAGAUGGAUCUUUCUAGAUGCUAGAGGUUUUAAACAGGUCCUAGCAGGCCUUUGUUGAGGUGCCUUCCAGAAUGUUAGGUAUAACAGCUCCUGUUUCUAUUAUAGUGACUUGAAUGUCAGAUUUAAGGGCCCCAUCUCAAAGAAAAUUGGCUUUGACUUUUUGCAAUCUAGAAGCACUUUGUGAGAUGUUUAUGCAGCGUUCAAGAACCUGUCUUUCUACCAAACAAUAAACUAGAAAGA